AUGGCAAAGGGGUUCUUCUCUUCUUCCUCCUCGCGCGCCCAUCACCGUGUAGCAUGGGUGCUGCUUUGCCUUUGCAUGAUGCUAUGCAGAGUGCACGGAGGAUCAUCAUCUCGCAAGGUCUACAUAGUUUACCUAGGCGACGUGAAGCAUGGGCACCCGGACCACGUCGUGGCUUCGCACCAUGACAUGCUCACCACUCUUCUCGGAAGCAAGGAGGAAUCUAUGGCCUCCGUGGUGUACAACUACAAGCACGGCUUCUCAGGCUUCGCCGCCAUGCUUACGCCGGAGCAAGCAGAGCGACUUGCAGAGUUUCCGGAGGUAAUCAGCGUCGAACCAAGCAGAAGGCACAAGGCGAGCACCACGCGGAGCUGGGACUUUCUUGG